AGAUUACAAAACAUGACAUUCAUCAUCGUCGAACAUGGAGAAAAUGAAAAUUUAAUUGUAAACCCUGACUGUUCCUGCAAACAUUUCCUGGACUACAUCAGAACAAAAUGCAAAAUCAGUCCUAAAGAUGUUGUCGACUUGAUCGACGAAAACGCCUGGGCGUCCGAACUCUUCACGAAAAAUCCCUCCGAGAAUGUCGUCUCCAUGUUUGCUCCUCGAGGCGUGUACAUCCUGGCUUCUAUCGAGUUAUAUGAAGAUAAUUCAAUCAAAAAGAUCACUCCACUGCUACAAGACUGGGAGAAGAAGUACCAGUUUCUAGAACGGAAAUUGAAGCACUGGGAUAAAAAGCAACAAAAGAUAGCAGAGGAGAAGGCAGGGGAUGUUGCAGAAAUAAUGUCACAGAUUAAUUCGAAAGAGAUCAAAGAUGGAAAAUUGAACCGAAAGAAAAGCGAAAGGACUCCCAGCGCCUCAAACCGGAAGGAUGCCAAAUCACCAGAUGUUAAUUCGACUCCAAAGAAAUCCAAAAAGAAAAGGAAGGUCAGCACAUGAAACACAUGCAAGUUAUGUAAAUAUAUUUACUGUCAGAAGUCAUGAUUGUAAACAUAAAGUGUUUUUGAAAUCCUUAUAAACUGUGAAUAAAAUUGUCAGUUAUGCAA